AUGGCUUAUGAGGAGCUGAAAAAAGGCAAUAGUCAAUAUUUUGGAACACCAAUCAACCAGAAGCUGGUGAAUACUGUCUGCACGUGUCUGUACAGCUGAUUGUAUACGUCCUUAAGAUCACAAAGUUAACCGAGUUAGCAAACCAGAAAAUCUUGAUCUAAAACCUAGACAAACAAGAAUAUGUGAAGUGCUUUGACUCUGAUCACAUUCAUAGCUUAGAGUGGAUGAUUGAAGCAUUGUUAUUUGUUGGAAAAAAAAAAACAAAAAACAAAAAAACAAAAAACCUUUUCUCUCAACUCACCCCUCCAUUCAGAAGGAUUGAUGAGAAUCAACCCUUUGCCCUCCAACGAUUGACUAGCAUCUAACUAAUCCCCAGAAUCACACAUUGAGGUCACGAGAAUUAAGAGAAAGAUCAGCAACAGAAGAAGCUCUUGACUUUUAAACAAAUUCUCCUUGUCAGUACCUUUCAAAAUGCGGUGAGAACAGAUUGGAGAAUAUGGAUGCUGAUUUCAGGGUGUAAAGGGUAAAUACAAACUCAUGUGAUGGCCAUGGCUUCUGUAAAGGGAAAACAUGAGAAAGGAAAGGGUGUGGGAAGUUUUGGCGUCUCAUCGUAGGUAGUCAUCCUCUAUGGCGAGCUUCAACAUUUUGAAGCCACAACUGAAGCCCAAACAACAACCUGUAUAACUUGUUGUACAUGUGGCUUGCAGGAAGGUAGGGAUAGGAGUAGGUUUAUCAUUCUGUAACCAUAAGUUAUCCUGGGAUUCACCCUGAAGUGCUGAAAAGAUAAUAGUUAUUUCCUAUAUGAAUUGCUCGCUCGUUAAUUUAUGUUUUGCUAAAUUUCUUUUUCUUCAUGGAGUUUAACUGAAUAUCUUGUAAUGGCUUCACUGUCUAAAAUUUUCGCGCCAACAGCGACGUAUCCUUAUCAAGUGGUUAGAGCUAGACUUCAAAUUAGGAUGGGAGAUUCAUUAGCAAACUAUUAA